AUGUUUUUAUGCGGUGCUCAGGAUGCAAGGUUUCUGACAUUGACGUCCACAUUACCGCACUACGCCAUUGCAGCAGUCACAAGUGUGUUUUUUCAAGCCAUCCAGCAACUGAAGGCAGAGAGAGCUUCUCAAGGAAUACGUGGUGAUGGUUAUGCAUUUGUCAGUCAUCUUACACCUACGCAGCAGUUAACAGUAGCCAGGCUUGUUGGUUUGAAGUGUAAAUUGUUGUCUAUGUUGAGUGCUGGUGACUGGUGAGGUAUUUCAUAAGUAGGUUGAGGUAUUGUGGGAUACAGGGACUCAGGUGUCCAUGGUAUCAGAGAGUUGGUUUAGUAAGGAUCUACCAUUAUUAGAGUUAAGGAAGAUUGAAGAGAUGUUAGGAAGGGUGAGGGAUUGGACUUAAGAGCAGCGAAAGGUUUAGUAAUACAUUUCAUAGGAUUGGUGGAAGUAGAAUUCUAACUUAUCUCUGACGUUCAAACGUCUGGAUUUCUUACACCUUUGGAAGUGGUUAGGAAAGAUACAAGCCAGAGUGAGAAAGACACCGACUAACAGAGAAUUAGUAGUGUCCAGAAAAGGUCUCGCAGGAGAGUCAUGUUGCUGACAUUAGUAAUGACCAAAAGAGAGACGAGACGUCUUUGAAGACGCCACAAGUGAAACUAGGUGACCUUACUGAGAGCCAGCAAAAGAUAGCGAUGGAAAUGAUGACUGACGAAGCCGAUUACAGUUUAGGGUUAAUCACCGCCUUUUCUCAUUAAGGUUAAGCACUGUUACCAAACCGGUUAGGUUCUUUUUUGGAGGUCAGGGUUGGUGCUAUAUGUACUUAAAUUAUUUCCCCUCCUUCCUUCAAAUCCUCAGUGGUCUAGUGGUUAGCAUAGCAUACUGGUUCUUCUAGGUCGUGGGUUCGGAUCCUACUGUCUACCAUAAUCUUUUUUUUUAUAAAUUUUAAGUUGAAGAGACUAGCACUUUCACGAACAUUUCCAGCCUGAAAUAUCAUCUAAGUGUGAUAUAAUAGCAGAAAGAAGUUCUACCUUGUGCAAAUUUCAUAUGUGGAGAAAGGGGCUCCGGCCAAUGGGAUCUAAUGCUGACCGUUUCAAGAUGACUCAGGGCAAGAAUUCCGUACGGAUUAGGUCUGCCGCCUUGCUCGCUCGCUUCACAAUCGCUCGCGCGGCGGCAAAAUCGCAAAAGCGCACAAGGUAUGUCUUGUUGCAUGCUUGAGUCCUCCAUAUUUGUCUAGUCUUUUUGUUUUGCAAUCGGCUUACAUUUGUCCACGCUAUCGGCUUAAAUUUCGAACGACCUCCUUGCUAGAAAUGGUCUUCAUUUGCUAAGGCUUAAUAUCUUGUUUUACUUUUUGUUUUGUUUUUCAUUUUUGUUAUUCGUCCCUGUAGACAUCAAUGAAUGUAAGGACGGAUUACACAACUGUGGCGAUGUGUCUAAUUGUGAGAAUACCCAUGGAUCUUUCAACUGCAUUUGCAAAAUUGGCACAAAAUACAAAGGUAAGUGAUACAGUAUGAAUUAUAGCAGAGACCUGAUUGUAUUGUAGUAAUGAUUGUUUAACGCUGAGUGUGGAGUGAAGAAUUAUGCAGAUCGAGGUGGUGGAUAUUAUCCAUCCACCGAGGCUGAAGGCGCAGUUUUUCGCCAUACAAAAGCAGAAUUCGGUAAUUGCUUUAUUAUUCGUUCAAAAUAUGCUUACGUCCUAAAGAAGGUUACCUCCGCGAAAACUUUCUUCGAAGCUUUGGCCCAUUCCUCUGCAUGGUUUCAGGAUAUAAACAGACGGUCUAUUUUCUCGCAGAAACUCCUCAAAAGGUAGACAAUAUCCAUCGAGUAAUAUGCAUUGUGUGACUCUUGUGUAUUCUCCCAUUUUUUUCUUUCGUUCAUGCAUCAGUUAAAGUAAAAAAUUCAGCUAUCUCCUCCUCGCAUAUCCCUGAACGUCAUGUUUUUCAUUCACUCAUGAAUAAACUGCUUGGCGGCUGCGCCUGUAAACCAGGUUGGUCGAUGGUCUAUUGCUUCAGCAGCCUCGUUUCCGGGCCAAUAUAUUGAUCAAUCUCGCCUCCAAACAAAUGCACUAUUAAAUCGAUGGUGUAUUACUCUUAUCUUCCAAAUUUGGCAUCGCAAAGAAUGGCCUGAUAUAUCUGGGAGCUUUAAGCGCGCUCCGGGCGGCAGAUUUGAAAGGAUAACUUGUAGGCUUUAAAAUGUUUCUCGUAAGAAGAUUUUACAACUGAAUCGAAGAAUUAAAACUUAGCCUUGUUUUAUGUUGUGAUCAGUUAAAUAGAUGAUUAUCACAUGACGGUCCCUCAAGCGUCUGUUGGAUAUGAAGAAUUAGCCUGGAGGAUGAAUGAAUAUUAAUGAUUUAUAUAUGUUGCGUUGUGUUUUCGCCUCUUAAUUUUUUUUUAUGUUUCCUUCCUUUUUUCUUUAUUCUCCACUUUCUAUUUUUAUGUAUUAAACGUAAAGUGUUCUACAGUUCUGCAACAAAGUAACCUUAAUUAACCAAAAUACAAUAGAAGCUGCAAAAAGUUUAGUUUUUGCAUACGGCUGACCCAUCGUGGAAUACAAAAACUCAACAACUGACAAAAAAAGAACAGAUGUGUAGGGUUUCAAAAAGCAAAUUAAUUAAUCGUUUGAACUUAAUCUCCAGCGGAUUCAUCAGCAGCAAAUGCUCUAAAGACGUCAACAGCAUCAUUAGCAAGUCAACUGUGUAGGUAUUUUCUUGGUCAGGAUUAGCUGGAACAAAGUGGAUCCAUCUAUACCGUUCAGUACUUUCAAAAUAGUAUUAUAUUCAUUAUCUCAUAUCUUCCCCUGACAAGCUUUUCUGAUUUCACAAAAUGAAGUAACAACUUAUUCAUCACGACAUCGUCACUGCUAUUGUAGAUUAUAAUCUUAGUAAUUUUUAUUUCUAUAAUAUUUAUUCCAGGUGGUAAAUGUAUAAAUUAAAUAACAUUAUUUUUAUGUUAGUCAACUUCUCCAUUUUAUCAAACACCUUGUUAAGUUUUUACGCUUUAUGUCUAGUUUGAGGAAAAUUUGGAUUCUGCCGAUAAUAAAUUGCAAGAUCGUCAGAUUCAAUCAAUGUGUCAUUCAAGUUAUGUCAAGAAGUUGGAAAUGGUGUGAUGAGCACAUUAUUCUGUUUGAUUUUUGUGGCCGACCAGCAUGAGCCCAUAAAGUCCAUGUUCAGUUUAUUCGAUCUAACUGUUUCUUUUUUUUUUUAAUUUUAUUUAAUGGGAUAAUAAAACAAAAUAUAAGAGCACGACUUCCAAUGAACAAUAGGAACCUUACGAUCCGAGGACGGCGACAGCAGCAAAAACGUCGCUGAAAAAGUGAAUUCGAGUUCUUUCAAUCUUCAUCGCGGUUACUCCAAGACACUACCUUUGUCAAAUGUAGGUGGAUCCUCCUAAAGCUGAAUUCCUAAGAACCAUAUCCAAGUUCAGAUAGAGAGAGGAAAUUUCGUCGUCGCUUGUGUACGUCCUCUGUGCAACGUGAAAUUGGGCAUUUUCACGUCCGUAGUCGUGCAAUGACGGCUAAGAAAUGUACAAAAAAACGAGAUGCACAUGCAAAGUUGUUGUUUUGUGUCAAUCUAGCCCUAUUGCUUUUUGAAGUUCUCGUCGCCGUCGUCGGAUCUUAAGGUCUUUAUUUGAAAUAAUCGCGUCCCUCGAAUGAUCGUCUCUAAUAACAAUGAGGAUAAGAAUGACAAUCGCCCCUGGCUAUUAUUCGAGGAAAUGCGGUCCAUCAAAACAGCAUUUAUCGUGCCUCGGGGAAAGCUCUUCUGGUCGAGGACAAAUAUAAAUAUCAAAAUUUACUAACAAGAUAAAAGCGCGCGUGGGACCUAGCCUACAAGUCCGUUAAUUUGUUAAUUAAACUGCGUACCUAAGGUCAAUUGAUAGUUUAGCGUGUUAUCUAAAACACUCUUGAAACCUUGAUCUUCAAAUUACCAGGAAUUACAAGAAACGGGUCCAUGUGCCCAAAAUGGCUGGAUGGAUUCUUUGGUGCUUUAUUUAUUUGCACCUGGAAUUGUGGAAACCGGGUUAGCAAACAUUUUGUAAUGUUUCUCAACUACCUCUGUCUAAUAGCUUGUUUACUGUGUUGUUUGCUUAUGUCGUACUUUUUUGGGGUUGUCUUGUGGUUAGGGAUUUGUGUAGAAGCGGGAUGUAGACAGAAUUACUAUCUUACCCCCCCCCCCCUCCCCCCUCUAUUUUCUCCCUACCCACUAUUCUCUCUUUAACACAAGUGACAGUUAUCAGUUUGAAAUCAGCGGGCGCUUAAAGCUGGUUUCGGUGCCGUUAAGCAUUUUAGUUUAUAUUCUCGUUUAAAAAAAAAAAAAAGGUUAAAGGCAUGUUUAUAGUGGAAGGUGCACUUAGCUAUUCAGCUCAUUUGCAGGCACUCCACUCAAAUGUUUAGAAACAAAUAAUUCAAAUACAACAUAACAAGAUUAAAAACCCCAACUGGCAGAAGGCAACCAGUUGGCUAUUUACAAGCAAGGCCGAGAAUUUGAACUCGGAACGAGCGAGCACAAAUCCAGCAAGUGGCCAGAGCGGGACUCGAACCCGGGACCGCCGGAUUGCGAGUCCGACGCGCUGACCACUCGGCCAUGCUGCCUCCUAGCUAAUCGGAUCAAUCACCCUGAUCCGGGCUGAGACGGAAAGGUACGGUAUUGUUUGCUUUUCUAAGGUGUCCACUAAGUCUUUGGCCUCGGGAACAGGCUCUUAGGAGUCAAACGAAUUAGGUGAGAUCAAAAUUGCGGGUGAAAAUUGACCCGGGCGAACAAGGCUAAGGUGGAACGCCGACCGUGUGACUCUAUAUCCGGGAACUUGAAUAAGACGAGUGUAAGAGAAAAGUCCAGAGGUGUUUAUCUGGCAAUAGGCUGAGUUUUCCGAGUUAUUCGAUGAUAUUUCGCUUAUGCUAAACGUGAGAAGAUUAUGCGUGGUUGUGGAUAGUCUUACCAGUGCCGCCAAAGUGUGUGAUUGUGUGAUUUCCGCAUGGUUUUAACAGGUAUGCGAUCGCGUGGUUGAAGUGCGGUUUCGCCAAAAUAUUCUGUGCCGGCCAUUAAUAUUGUUUCGUCGGAGUUUAGCUUAGCUGAUUGCACCUUGGAAAAGCAACUCUCGACUCAGGAAAAUUAGAUCUAGGUCUAGUUCCAGCGGGCUCUAACGGCAUUGCACCAUAGGCCGGUUUUUGCAGAUAAGAAGGUGAUAAUUUGUGCACUAUGUUUCACUCAGUUUGUUGUCUAUUCCGCGCGAAUCCUGUUGUUUUUCAGACCGGGAAAAAAGUAUUGUUUUGCUAACUAUUUAAGUUGUUAUAUAAGCCUUAACAAGGCAGUCUUUCGCUGCAGUUCACUCAACUAAAAAAAAUUUCUAGACUGAAAUGACACCGGUUUGAAACUUCGCAAAGCCAGUUUACUGAAUAAAUGUUCUAAAAUUUGCAUCAUUUUAAAUAUGGACUCGUUGGAAUCCUUCUGGGGACCAUUAACGUACUGCCCGGCGUCAUAUAAAGGCUUUUUAUGGGCCUUUGAAUGGGUUUUGUUGUUUUAAAUUGUCAAGUAGUAGAAUGAGUUGAUAUUUUUGCUAACCCGGUUUUCAAAAAUCCAGGUAUAUAUAUAUUUUAUUUUUUUCACUUUUUAUUAAUUGUGAUAAUCUCUCAUUAAAGCGCAUCUCUUUCUUUGCGCAUAAUCAAACAAUUUAACAUUUUCUAUCUUUUUUCUCCAAUUAUGCAGUGCCAUCGCCAACUAUGACAACUGUCAUUAGCCCAUCAGCAGCAUCAUCGAGUACCUUAAAAACUGCCUCAAUGCAGCCGCCAAGUCCAGGUAUGUUCUUAAAAGCAUACCAUAUUCCAACAUGUUAUAUAUUGCAGCAUGAAAAAAGUCUUAGAUUUCCGGAAAUUCCAACUGAUGUUAAAAUAAACAAAAAACAAACAAAAAAAACAACAACGGCAACAUCAAUUAUCUGCUCUAGAUCGGUAAUAGACUAUUUGGGUUAAUUGGAAAAGCACCGGUCUGUCCCCAAACAAAUGGAAGUGGGAUCUAACCGGCCGUCGGUCUUUCAAAAUUGGUAUAUGCGGGCUGUGUUUUGGAUCAUGUCGCAGUUCACAUGGUCGCAAUUUAACAUUUUCUUUCUUUUUUCUCCAAUUAUGCAGUGCCAUCGCCAACUAUGACAACUGUCUUCAGCCCAUCAACAGCAUCAUCGAGUACCUUAACAACUACCUCAAAAUUAAUGCAACCGACAAAACAAGGUAUGUUCUUAAAAGCAUACCAUAUUCCAACAUGUUACAUAUUGCAGCAUGAAAAAAGUCUUAGAUUUCCGCAAAUCUCAACUGAUGUUAAAAUAAAGAAACAAACAAACAAACAAACAAAAAAACAACAACGGCAACAUCAAUUAUCUGCUCUAGAUCGGUAAUAGUCUAUUUGGGUGAACUGGAAAAGCACCGGCCCGUCCCCAAGCAGAUGGACGGGGGAUCUAACCGGCCGUCGGUCUUUCAAAAAAGUGGUAUACAGCUAUUUCGAGAAAGGUUGUCGGAAAAAAAAUGUGCACGCGACAAUCCCUAAUGGCAAUAUGAGAUAUGACUAAUACACGGUUCUUGACACUGUGUGGCUGUCGAACCUACUUUUAUUGCUUUCCUUUAGCACUGGCAAACAUAUGUCCAUGACCUCUCGUGCUAUUCUUUCAAAUUUCUUUGAAAAACAGUUAACUCAAAACCACCCACAAUACCUAUCGGGAUUGUCGCCUGCACUUUUUCCGACAACCUUUCUCGAAAUAGCUGUAUGCGGGCUGUUUUUUCGAUUAUGUCGCAGUUCACAUGAUUGCUAUUUAAUAAUUUCUUUCUUUUUUCUCCAAUUAUGCAGUGCCAUCGCCAACUAUGACAACCGUCUUUAGCCCAUCAGUAGCAACAUCGAGUACCUUAACAACUGCCUCAAUGCAGCCGACAAGUCCA